UUCAAAUUAUAACAAAUAUGGCGGCGUCCUUGUAUUUUCAUUAAUCAUUUGUGUUUGGUCUAAUAAAUAAAGAUUUAUAAUUUUUUUUUAUAAAUGAAAUUAUAAUCAAUCUUAUUAUUUUUAAAUACUAAAGACUGUCAAAUAAUAAUUGGAAAAUGAGGUAACAUUUAAAAAGAACCAUGUUUAAACAGCAAUUGUCGCCUCGUAGCGUACAUCCUUAUCAGACGACAGUAGUACCGCGGAGCGAACAACAAUUUACAUCAGCAGCGCAGCAAAGGGUAAAAUACCCGUGGGCGGAAGAUAUCAAUACUCCAGUAUACCAAGUUGCUGGAACGGAUAGUUCGACAUCAGAUAAUGCCUAUCAUGUCCCUCAGUAUUAUAAUGGAACAUUAAGAAAUUAUGGCCCACCAUCCCCUGUGUACCAAUCGCCAUAUGGUGCUGGCACCUGGCGAAAUUAUAAGAAAGGAGAAACUGUGCCUACUCAUGCUUCAGACACAUACACAUUCCCUCAAUGUGCAUCUGCAUUCUCCCUCCCACUGUAUGAUGUUGAGACUCAUACAGCUGUUAGUCGGUCCCCAGUACCGCCAGUGCCAUCUGUGAGCCCAGAAGUACCUAUUAUAGGGGCGUGUGGGGGACAUUGUCCAGGAUUUGAAUAUGUAUGCUAUUAUAUAUUACAGGUAAUUUUUGUCGUAGGUAUAUUAACAGGGAUUUCAUUAUGCAUUGCUGGUAUUGUAUUAAGGCGUACAAAUCGAAAUGGAGACCUUGGAGUAUUAGUUUAUAUUGGAUGCCUCUCGUCAUGUGUAUGUGCCGUACUGCUUGGUGUACAGUGCUGUGUCCGUAGAGAAAUAAGGCAACGUAAAGUUCGAGCCAAUAUGCAUAUACCUAUGCAAUCUAUUCAGGAGCCGCCAGCCACAGCUUGCCCUUUAUUAGCAUCCACAUUACCUCAUAGUCAAGUAUACAGACCAACAGUGAAUAUUUGCCCUGAAGAGGAUGUAACCGGAGUUCCUUGGUGGCGCCGCACCAACAGAGACUGAUUAGUUUUAAGUUUAUUUACAUUUAUUUAUAAAGAAAUAUGUAAUUGGUUUCGUAAAAAUACGGACAAUACCACGAUCUUGUUAUUUUAUAAUAAACAAUGCUUUAUACUGUAA